CAUCCUGGUGCAGCCGAGAGGCGCGGAGCCCGCCGGGGGCGGCAGUCGCGCCGCAGCGCCCGCUCGCUGAACUGCGUGGGCAGGCGGGCAUUGGGGCUCCAGGGCGCUCCGAGGGCAGAGUGCCCAGACUUCUCCGGGGAGCCCCAAUUCCGUGGAGCGUCCAGAGCGAGCGCGCCCCAGCCCCACCGGACCUUGCGCUCAUCCCCCGCGUACCCCACUUCUACACAAACUUUUUUGACACCCUCACCCGGGGGGGUCGCGGAGGGCGCUGGGCUGCCCGCUGGGCUCCUGCCCCGCCGGACCCUAGCCACGCUUGACCUCCUGCCUCUCGUAGCCUCAGUGGCGACCUCUCCAGGCCGGGCCGGGCACGGCACCCCAGGCGAGCGCGGCAACGACCGCUGCUCUCCGAAGGCUCCCGCGCCCCCCGGGGCAGCUGGGCGGGGUAAUGCCCUCGGUGAUGGAGAAGCCGAGCGCGGGCUCCGGGAUCCUGUCCCGCAGCCGGGCCAAGACGGCGCCCAACGGCGGACAACCCCACUCGGAGGAUGACAGCAGCGAGGAGGAGCACUCGCACGACAGCAUGAUCCGCGUUGGAACCAAUUACCAGGCCGUAAUUCCGGAGUGCAAGCCUGAGAGCCCUGCACGCUACAGUAACAAGGAGCUGAAGGGGAUGUUGGUGUGGUCGCCCAACCACUGUGUGUCAGAUGCCAAGCUUGACAAGUACAUUGCGAUGGCCAAGGAGAAGCAUGGUUACAACAUCGAGCAGGCACUGGGCAUGCUCCUGUGGCACAAGCAUGACGUAGAGAAGUCACUGGCUGACCUGGCCAACUUCACCCCGUUCCCGGACGAGUGGACGGUAGAGGACAAGGUGCUGUUUGAACAGGCCUUCGGCUUCCAUGGCAAAUGUUUCCAGCGGAUCCAGCAGAUGCUGCCUGACAAGCUGAUACCCAGCCUGGUGAAGUAUUACUACUCUUGGAAGAAGACCCGCAGCCGGACCAGUGUGAUGGACAGACAGGCUCGGCGGCUGGGGGGCCGAAAGGACAAAGAAGACAGUGAUGAGCUUGAAGAGGGACGAGGAGCCGUGAGUGAGGGGGAGCCGGACGCUGGAGACCCCAAGAGAGAGCCUCUGCCCUCUCGGCCCCUGAAUGCCCGCCCAGGUCCAGGAAAGAAGGAGGCCCAGGGGUCUCAGUACCGCCACCAUCCGCUGCGAACUCGGCGGCGCCCUCCCAAGGGCAUGUACCUGAGCCCCGAGGGCCUCACUGCCGUGUCAGGGAGCCCGGACCUUGCCAACCUCACACUUCGAGGCCUCGACUCCCAGCUCAUCUCCCUCAAGCGCCAGGUGCAAAGCAUGAAACAGACCAACAGCAGCCUCCGCCAGGCCCUGGAGGGGGGCAUCGACCCGCUCCGCCCCCCCGAGGCCAACACCAAGUUCAACUCCCGCUGGACCACGGAUGAGCAGCUUUUGGCAGUACAAGCCAUCCGUAGGUAUGGCAAAGACUUUGGGGCUAUUGCAGAGGUGAUUGGGAACAAGACUCUGACCCAGGUGAAGACCUUCUUUGUGAGCUACCGGCGCCGCUUCAAUCUGGAGGAGGUGCUGCAGGAAUGGGAGGCCGAGCAGGAUGGGGCCCCUGGAGCCCCCCCGGUCCCCAUGGAGGAGGCUAGGAGAGGGGCUCCCUUGCCAGCCCCGGCCCUAGAGGAAGACGAUGAGGUCCAGAUUACAUCUGUGUCGACAUCAGGACCCCGAUCGGGGCCCCCUGCGCCGCCCCCUCCUCCGCCUCCCACCUCGCUGUCCCAGCCGCCGCCACUGCUGAGGCCACCUUUGCCCACGGCUCCCACCCUGCUCCGCCAGCCACCCCCACUCCAGCAGGGCCGCUUCCUCCAGCCCCGGCUGGCCCCCAACCAGCCCCCACCACCUCUUAUCCGCCCUGCCCUGGCUGCCUCCCGCCACGGUGCCCGCCCCGGCCCUCAGCCCGCACCCACCCUGGCUGGAGCCCCCCUGGAGCCUCCAGCACCCUCGCUCUGAGCCCCGAGGCCCUCCGCCAACCAGAGGCUCCAGAACCCCUUUGCCGGACGUCCUCGGGGACCUCCAGCUUCACUGAGGACAGAAGAGCCCAGAGCUCUCGCCAGGUCUUUCGAAGACCCAGCGCUGCCGACAGGGGCACAGCCUGGACCCCCGCGGGUUCUGCACGUCUUUCUGGCAGCCAGCCUGUCUCCACCCCCACCCCAGCCAGGGUCUGGGGCCUUCUGAGGCUGGCCCGAGGGUACUUUUCCUGGCUGGGACUGGAACGGCUGCCUCCUAGUCUGCCAGGGCCUGGCCUAGGGGUCCUGCCCUUCGUGUGUAGGGGGUAGUGACCAUAGCCUGGGGGGGGGGGCGGAGAGGACAGUUUAGUGUGUUGGCUG